GAAAUUAGAAAUCCUGCUUUCAAUAACGCGUUGUCCCCAGACAUUGUUGGGGAAACUACAUUUGAACUUUUCAAUUUCACGCAACAAAAUUUAAAUAGACCGAUUGAUAUAUUCGAAAUUAUGCAACGUACCACAAUCGAAGUGCUUGGAAAUUUGGCAUUUGGAUAUCAAUUUGUGCUUGAAAUCCAAAAUUCUUCAAAGCUUAAUGAAUUUAAUGACAUUAUUAAGGCAAAGAGAAAUGAAAUUGAAAAUAAGAAAGUUUCCAAUGAUGUUAAUUCUGAAAAUGGUCGGAUUGACCUGCUAACAG